GGGGAGGGGCCGCAGAAGUACCAAGGCCCGGCGGUCCGCGCCCCGCCGCAGCCAUGUACCCGACGCGCGCAGGCGAGCGUCUGCGGGUGGUGCUGGGCCACCUGGGCCGGCCGGAGGCCGGGAACCCGGUGGCUCAGCCCACAUCAAGGACUGUUUCUCUGCCCAGUGUCCAUCCUCAGCAAUUCCAGUAUACUUUGGAUAAUGAUGUCCUAACUUUUGAACAGAGAAAAUUUUAUGAAGAUAAUGGGUUUCUUGUCAUCAAAAAUCUGGUAUCUGAUGCUGAUAUUCAGCGGUUUCGGGAUGAGUUUGAAAAAAUCUGUAGAAAGGAGGUAAAGCCACCAGGAAUAACGAUAAUGAGAGAUGUGAACAUUUUGAAGUCAGAAUUUACUGCAAAUGAGAAAAUGAUUUCAAAAGUCCAGGAUUUCCAAGAAGAUGAAGAGCUCUUUAGGUACUGCACUCUCCCCCAGAUUCUGAAAUACGUGGAGUGCUUUACUGGACCUAAUAUUAUGGCCAUGCACACAAUGCUGAUAAAUAAACCUCCAGAUACUGGCAAGAAGACGUCGCGUCACCCCUUGCACCAGGAUCUGCACUAUUUCCCUUUUCGGCCCAGCAAUCACAUCGUUGCUGCUUGGACCGCCAUGGAGCACAUUGACCGGAACAACGGUUGUCUGGUUGUGCUUCCAGGUACCCACAAAAGCUCCCUGAAGCCACAUGGCUACCCACAGUGGGAGGGUGGAGUCAACAUAAUGUUCCACGGGAUCCAGGACUAUAAAGAGGACAGUAGCCGUGUGCACCUCAUAAUGGAGAAGGGAGACACUGUUUUCUUUCAUCCUUUGCUCAUCCAUGGAUCUGGGAGGAACAGAACUCAAGGAUUCAGGAAAGCCAUUUCCUGCCACUUUGCCAGUGCCAGCUGCCACUAUAUCGAUGUGAAGGGCACCCAUCAAGAAGGCAUUGAGAAAGAAGUGAUAAAAAUCGCACAGAAGCGUGGCUUGACUGCAGAUGACAUCAGUCUGAAGGAUCUUUGGAAGUUUCGAGCCCGGCUUGUGAAAGGAGAGCGAAUUAACCUCUGAAAUAACCCUUCAUUAUAGUGGUUUAAUGGAAGUUAAAAUGAAACAGAGUUUGAAGAAAGGGUUUUCUUUUGGGGGUGGUGUAAUCUUUCUCUUACUUUUUAACAAAAUCAUGAAAUUGUACAGAGUUAAUUUUGCAGUGUGGUGCUGUUGUUUUAAUGGAAGUAAAAACAAUGAAAGUGGAAUACUGGUUUCAGAACAAAUCUGUGCUUACAGAUAAUAAAAGUGAUUGAUGUAUAAUUGAAAUAUG